AUGGCUUAUAUGGGCCGAGAGGCAACUCCGGGAACGAUUUUUACUAUUAUUUCUUUUUUUUUACUUUUUGUAAUAAAUCUUUUAACUCCAAUCAUCAAACCACUAUAUUUCGUAAAGAUAUCACGGUUGGGCUUAACGGUUGAAGAAGAGUUAACGAUUGGACUAUGGGGUUAUUGCGCACAAAUUAAUGGUGAACCAAAGAAAUGCACCUCGACGAAGAUAGGUUUUGCUUUUGAUCCUAGAAGAUCACUGAAUCCUAAUUUGAUUUCUGGUGGCCUUAAUAAAGGCUUACCUGGUGCAGUAAGCACAUCACUAAGUUAUUUGGUUGUGGUUCAUAUAAUUGCGUUGAUUACUUUAUCAAUUGUAUCUUUUGUUGGCGUAUUUGCACAUAAACGCAAAAAUCGAGAUAAAGGACUCCUAAGAGUAGCGGCACAAAGUUCAUCAGUUGCUUUUAUUUUUGUUCUUUUCGCAUUUAUAAUAGAUUUCAUAUUGUAUAAUAAUGAAAUUGUGAAACCAAUAAAUAAAAUGGUUGGAACCGUUUAUUCAGCAAAAUUUGAUAACGCGUAUUAUCUGAUGAUUGUAUGCCUGAUAAGUUCUGGUUUGGCUACGAUAGGUUUUUUAGUAGGUAUGCAAAGAAAUAAAUCUGAUGAUGAUAAACAAAGUUUUCAAGAAGAACCGAAUAACGAAAGUGAACAAAUUCCAUAUAUACCACAAUAUGGUGUGUAUGAAGAAGAAGAAAUUAGGCAACAUUCACCAUCACCUGUAAAUCGUCCUUUACCUGUCGGAGAAUAUUCUAAUCCCCCAUUUUUACCUGGACCUCAAUCUAAUUAUUCCAAUCCACCAUUCUUGCCUGGACCUCAACCUGGUGUAGAGUAUUCCAAUCCACCAUUCUUGCCUGGACAACCUGGUGUAGAUUAUUCAAAUCCAUCAUUCUUGCCUGGAUCACAACCUGGUGUAGAAUAUUCAAAUCCAUCAUUCUUGCCUGGACCACAACCUAGUGUAGAAUAUUCAAAUCCAUCAUUUUUACCUGGAUCUCAACCUGGCGUAGAAUAUUCAAGUCCAUCAAUUCCAUUUGGACCUCAACCCGGUUCAGAAUAUCCAUAUCAAUCACCAAUGCCCUAUCAAGGACAAGGACACUCUAGUCCUAUUCGACGUACCCCUGCUGGAGCUGAUCAAUUUGUUUAUUCCCAUCAAUCACCGCAUCAAUCACCCCAUGAACCACCCUCCUCUUCAUAUCCAAAUGCGUAUAAUCCAUAUUCAUCCACUUCACCACAAGAUGGUUAUCCAGUUCCUUCCAAUCAACCAUCUUAUAAUGAUUAUACGAAUCCUAAUCCUAAUAUAUAUCAAGACCAGUCAAAAUAUCAUAAACCUCCUGGCAAUUAUUACGCAUCAUAA